AUGCUUCGUUUUGCAGUGAUAAUCAAGAUAGUGCGAUCAAUGGGACUUGAUCUAACAACCGCGGCAAAAUUAAUCAGCUGGGUAAUACUUGGAACGCCAUUUGACACGCGAGUCGCACUAAAAUUGCUCAGAGCUGUAAUAAACGGACUGCGUUUAGAUCGAAGCCAGUCCGAAGAAGUUUACGAUAAAUUGGCAUACUACUUGGGCUUGGGUGAUGGAAAGCGAAGCAUUAAGUUUACUGUCAAGAAGAUUGUGGUUCGUAAAACGCCCAAAACAUAGGCGAACCGCCUGGAAAAUUAUUUGGAUCCGUUCACAAACAUGGUGUCACUUUAAAAUUCACUUGUAUUUUACAAAUGCGUUUGAGAUUAUAAUUGG